CGAGCCUCUUGGAUCUGGAGCUGGUUUAGUGCACCUGUAACUAUUUUUGGACGUAAUUCUAUCUCCAGAGGACCAUGUGAACUGGAUGAAGAUCAUUUUUUUUUGUAUUUUCUUCAACGAUUUUUAGUUUUGAACUCUGUGCGGUGAAAGAAGCAGGUUGUGUUUCUGUCCUGCUCCAAACUGGAUCGCAGCAUCUGCACAGUGUGGACGGCUGCAGCGGAAGACGAGAAGCUUAACAAAGAAGGAAAUUUAAAAAAAGAGGAGCUCUCCUCAUCGCACACCUGUAACAGCUGCUCCUCUGACGAAGAGCAAGAACAAGAAAGAAGGUUAAAGAGGACGCUCUGGGUCGGCUCUCCAUCCCUCCUUCACUUCCCACCUGUGUGGAUUAACUGGGCUGGGGCAGCAUGGCGCACGCCGCCUCGCAGCUGAAGAAAAAGGCGGACGAGAAUCUCGCCGCAGAGGAGGAGAAGGAGAAAAAGAAGGCGAGGAAGCGAUCGCGGGAGGUGAAGAAAAAGACGGACGUGAACGCCUGUUAUCUGCGCGCAGCUCGCGCUGGAAAUGUAGAGAAAGUUUUGGACUACCUGAAGAAUGGAGUGGACAUCAAUAUUUGCAAUCAGAAUGGUCUGAACGCUCUCCAUCUGGCCUCCAAGGAGGGCCAUGUGGAAGUGGUGGCUGAGCUCAUCAAGCACGGCGCCAACGUGGACGCAGCCACUAAGCAGAAAGGAAACACUGCCCUCCACAUAGCUUCUCUCGCUGGGCAGACUGACGUGGUGAAGGAGCUCGUCACAAACGGGGCGAACGUGAACGCACAGUCUCAGAAUGGCUUCACUCCGCUCUACAUGGCGGCGCAGGAGAAUCACAUGGACGUGGUGCAGUUCUUACUUGACAACGGCUCCAGUCAGAGCAUCGCAACUGAGGAUGGGUUUACGCCCCUGGCGGUGGCGCUGCAGCAGGGACAUGAUCAAGUGGUUUCCCUCCUGCUGGAGAACGAUACGAAAGGGAAGGUUCGCCUCCCGGCGCUGCACAUCGCGGCACGGAAAGACGACACCAAGGCCGCCGCCCUCCUCCUCCAGAACGACCACAACGCCGAUGUGGAGUCAAAGAUGAUGGUGAAUAGGACAACAGAGAGCGGCUUCACUCCUCUCCAUAUUGCGGCUCACUACGGCAACAUCAACGUAGCGACGCUGCUGCUCAACAGAGGGGCGGCGGUGGACUUUAAGGCGAGGAAUGACAUCACGCCACUGCAUGUAGCAUCCAAACGUGGAAACACUAACAUGGUGCGACUGCUGCUGGAGAGGGGGGCCAAGAUAGAUGCACGGACCAAGGACGGUCUAACUCCGCUCCACUGUGGAGCCAGAAGUGGCCAUGAGCAGGUGGUGGAGAUGUUGCUGAACAGAGGAGCUCCAAUACUUUCAAAGACCAAGAACGGUCUAUCUCCCCUCCACAUGGCAACACAGGGCGACCACCUCAACUGUGUCCAGCUGUUGCUGCACCACGAGGUUCCUGUGGACGACGUGACCAACGACUACCUGACGGCGCUGCACGUGGCCGCCCACUGUGGCCACUACAAAGUGGCGAAGGUCAUUUUGGACAAGAAGGCCAACCCCAACGCUAAGGCACUGAAUGGUUUUACUCCGCUGCACAUUGCCUGUAAGAAAAACAGACUCAAAGUGAUGGAGCUGCUUCUGAAGCAUGGAGCGUCUCUACAGGCCGUCACAGAGUCUGGCCUGACGCCGAUCCACGUCGCAGCUUUCAUGGGACAUGAAAACAUUGUCCACCAGCUGAUCCACCACGGAGCCUCACCAAACACAAGCAACGUGAGGGGGGAGACGGCGCUCCACAUGGCAGCGAGGGCCGGGCAGUCCGGCGUGGUCCGAUACCUGGUCCAGAACGGGGCGCGGGUCGAUGCCAAGGCCAAGGAUGAUCAGACUCCGCUGCACAUCUCCAGUCGUCUCGGUAAGCCCGACAUCGUGCAGCAGCUGCUGGCCAACGGGGCGAGCCCCGACGCCACAACGAUCUCUGGAUACACGCCUCUGCACCUGGCAGCCAGGGAGGGCCACAGGGACGUGGCUACAGCUCUGCUGGAUCAGGGGGCCAGCCUGGCCAUCACUACGAAGAAGGGCUUCACUCCUCUGCAUGUUGCAGCCAAGUAUGGCAAGAUGGAGGUGGCUAACCUGCUGCUGCAGAAAACCGCUCCGCCUGACGCUGCUGGGAAGAGUGGACUAACUCCACUGCAUGUGGCAGCGCACUAUGACAACCAGAAGGUGGCGCUGCUCCUGCUCAAACAGGGAGCGUCUCCUCACGCCGCUGCGAAGAAUGGAUACACUCCCCUGCACAUCGCGGCCAAGAAGAACCAGAUGGAGAUCACCACCACCUUACUGGAGUACGGCGCCUCCACCAGCGCAGUGACGCGGCAGGGGAUCACCCCGCUGCACCUCGCGGCGCAGGAAGGCAACGUGGACAUCGUGACGCUGCUGCUGGCUCGAGACGCCCCCGUCAACAUGAGCAACAAGUCUGGUCUGACUCCACUCCACCUGGCUGCCCAGGAGGAUAAAGUCAACGUUGCUGAGGUUUUAGUCAACCAAGGAGCAAUUAUAGACCCCGAGACCAAACUGGGAUACACCCCUCUCCAUGUGGCCUGUCACUAUGGCAACGUGAAGAUGGUCAACUUCCUGCUGAAGAAUCAGGCGAAGGUCAACGCAAAGACCAAGAACGGCUACACACCUCUGCACCAGGCUGCACAGCAGGGACACACGCACAUCAUCAACUUGCUGCUGCAGCACGGAGCGUCGCCCAACGAACUCACUGCGAAUGGGAACAGCGCUCUGUCCAUCGCCAGGAGACUCGGCUACAUCUCGGUGGUGGACACGCUGAAGGUGGUCACGGAGGAGACUCUAACCACUCAGACCGUGAUAGAGAAGCACAAGAUGAACGUCCCAGAGACCAUGAACGAGGUGCUGGACAUGUCCGACGACGACGUCUUUAAAGCCCAUGUCCCUGAAAUGAUCACAGACGACUAUUUUUCUGACGUGGAAGAAGAAAUGGAAGCUGAAAAUAUCUGCAUCGACUAUUGUGACGAUGCAAUGACCGGGGACACGGACAAAUAUCUGGCCCCGCACGACCUGAGGGAGCUGGGGGACGACUCUCUCCCCCAGGAGGGCUACAUGGGCUUCAGUGUUGGUGCACGCUCACAGAGUACCAAAGCCAGUUCCGACAGGUCCAACACGCUGAACCGAAGCUCCUUCACAAGGGACAGCAUGAUGAUCGAGGAGAUGCUGACAACCACUAAAGACGGGCAUUUGUUCAUGGCGAAGGAGGCCGACGACUCUCUGAGGAGGUACAGCUGGACUGCAGAUGCACUGGAUAACGUCAACCUCGUCUCCUCACCCAUCCACUCCGGGUUCCUGGUCAGCUUCAUGGUCGAUGCCAGAGGGGGCUCCAUGAGAGGAAGUCGUCACAACGGCAUGCGCAUCAUCAUCCCACCUAGGAAGUGCACAGCGCCCACCAGAAUCACUUGUCGGCUGGUCAAGAGGCACAAACUGGCAUCCCCGCCUCCAAUGGUGGAAGGAGAAGGGCUGGCGAGCAGACUGGUCGAGGUCGGUCCGGCGGGAGCUCAGUUUCUUGGGCCCGUGAUCGUGGAGAUCCCACAUUUUGGCUCGAUGCGAGGCCAGGAGAGAGAGCUGAUCCUGCUGCGCAGUGAGAACGGAGAAACCUGGAAGGAGCACGUCUAUGACUGCAAGACUGACAACCUCAGUCAGCUCCUCAACGGCAUGGAUGAAGAACUGGACAGUCCUGAGGAGCUUGAGAAGAAAAGGAUCUGCCGAAUCAUCACCAAAGACUUCCCGCAGUACUUUGCUAUGGUGUCUCGGAUCAGACAGGAAACCCACCAGAUGGGACCAGAGGGCGGGACUCUGUGCAGCCGGAGUGUGCCAUUGGUUCAGGCUUCUUUCCCCGAGGGGGCGCUAACCAAGAAAAUCAAGGUUGGGCUGCAGGCCCAGCCGAUUCCUGAAGACGCUGUGCAGAAGCUGAUCGGUAACAGAGCUACCUUCAGCCCCAUCGUUACCGUGGAGCCUAGGAGAAGGAAGUUUCACAAGCCCAUCACCAUGACGAUCCCAGUUCCGCCACUCUCAGGGGAGGGGCUUACAAAUGGUUACAAAGGCGACAAUACUCCCUGUCUCCGCCUCCUCUGCAGCAUCACUGGUGGUACAUCACCUGCCCAGUGGGAGGACAUCACUGGCACAACUCCUCUCACAUUUGUCAACGACUGUGUCUCUUUUACCACUAAUGUCUCUGCCAGGUUCUGGUUAGCAGACUGUAACCAGACCCCAGAGACGGUGGGCCUGGCCACGCAGCUCUACAGGGAGCUCAUCUGUGUGCCCUACAUGGCCAAGUUUGUUGUGUUCGCCAAGAUGAACGACCCAGUGGAAUCCAGUUUGAGGUGUUUCUGCAUGACGGACGACAAGGUGGACAAAACCCUGGAGCAGCAGGAGAACUUUGAGGAGGUGGCAAGGAGCAAAGACAUAGAGGUUUUGGAGGGAAGGCCCAUCUAUGUGGACUGCUAUGGAAACUUGACUCCUCUGAUCAAAGCUGGUCAGCAGUUAGUUCUUAACUUCUACGCCUUCAAGGAAAACCGUUUGCCCUUCUGUGUCAAGGUUAGAGAUCCCAGUCAGGAGCCCUGCGGCCGCCUCACUUUCCUAAAAGACUGUAAGUCCACAAAAGGCCUCCCGCAAACCGCCGUGUGCAACCUGAACAUCACACUUCCUGCGGUGAAAAAGGAAAUGGAGUCAGAUGCCGAGGAUGAGACUGAAAAGCCAGAUCGACGUCAUACCUUUGCAUCCCUAGCCUUACGUAAGCGCUACAGCUAUCUGACCGAGCCUGCACCGAAAACAGCAGUCGAACGAAGUGCAGCAGCAAGAGCACUGCCUGCUGGUUACCCUCACAAACCUGUCUUUCCAACCAGACCUUACCCACCAUGGUCGGCUGCUCCUAUUACCAUCCCUGGCCAAGCAAGGACCAUCGGAGUGGGGGGUUCCUUCACCCCUACUGAUUCCCCGCCAGGGUCACCAGCUGGUUCUCCAUUAAAGUCUGCCUGGCCCCUCUCAGCCCCUUCACUUGCAUGUCCGGCAACUAUAAAAGCUGCCCUAGGAACAUCCCCCCCAGCACCUGCCUUGUCAUCCCCAGUUAAAUCAAUGGCUGAGAUACCAUCAUCAUCCCCCAUCAGGUCUUACAGGACUGUGCCUUCACCCAUUAAAACAGUUGUCCAGCAGGGCCAAUACCCCAUUCAAGGUCCUACUAGCCUUCUGACCUCUGGAAGUAAACCUGCCACAGACCCAGUUUCAAUCAAAAACCUUGCUUCGGCAUACACAUCAAGGACCACUUCCAUUCAUUCAAUACCAAAUGGUUCUUUAUCUGACAGAUCUUCUGCCCCUGUUCCAUUUGCAGCACCACCCAAAAUGCUCUCCAGUAUUUACAGUUCUAAUCUGCCUUUUAAAACUGCCCUUGGGUCCACUGUUGUGACAGAAGCAGUGGCAGCCACUCUGUCUUCUGUAAAAAGUACCUCUAGUUUGUCAUCUUUAAAAACCUCUGUUGAUUCAACACUCUCAUCUCGAGGAGGGAGGACUCCUGUGUUAUCUCUUUCAACUGGUCAGAUGACCGUUGCAGGCUCAGAUUUCUCAGCGAUGAAUGGAUCGGCCUCACCUGUAAAAUAUCUGUCAUCCUCCUCAACGCCAUCCUCACCCACUUCACGUCUUUUCUCAGAGAGAAGUAGCAGUCUUCAGGACAGGAUCCAAGCUACCACACAGGCAGCAACUUCUGGUGUCAGUGCAGCCAUAAAUGAAGCUAUAGAUUCAUACUCUGUCUCAGGAUUUGGCACGCUUAAAUCACUAUCCUCCUCACGUAGAUCUACAACAUCAAGUUCUGCAUAUGGUUCCUUAAGAUCUACAACUGCCUCCCCAAGUUCAGCAGUCUCAUCUAAUACAAUGACUGUCCCUGUUUAUUCAUUAGUCAACGUGAUCCCAGAGACCCCUGUCAAACCAGGUCCUGGGUCUCUCAAAAUGGCACAUCCUGAUUCUCCUCGUGUCUCGUCCUUUUCGUCUUCUUGUGUUACUGGAACAAAAAUAAAGUCCCAAUUAAAGUCUCCUCCAUUUAUCACUCCACCUAUCAUUCACCCAACUGCAGCUUCCAACCAGGAAAUAUUGAAAGAUGUUGCAGACAUGAAAGAGGAUCUAAUUAGAAUGACAGCUAUCUUACAAACAGAUACGCAGACAGCAGCCAAAACUGUACAAACAUCGCAUAUUGGCACCCCUAAAGAAGCCAAGUUGGAGGACGAGGAGCCAUAUACUCUAGUUGAAAAGGUGAAAGAAGAUUUAGUCAAAGUCAGUGAAAUAUUACAGAAAGAUAUGACUGAAGGUAAGGCCAUUGCUGCUAAAGAAAAAGCCUCAGAGCAAGAAUGGGAGGAAUUUUCCAAAGAUGAGAUCGAAGAAGCACAAAGAAGUGCCUUCCCCAAUUAUUAUCCUGCUUUAGAUGAAGACGCACUCUUUAACCACCAAUCUUUAUCAAGCAAAUUAAAGUUGGCUGAAGUAGUAGAUUUCUUAACAAAUGACAUUGGUGCUAGCUCUCUUUCAAAAAUGGCUGAUCUGAAAAGUAGAUUUGAGGCAGAGUUGAAAACUGAUGGGGAAGAGAAACAAAAACGAGUCCUCAAACCAUCAAUGUCCAUACAAGAAAACAAACUCAAAAUGCCUCCACCAGUCUCAGGCAUGCCCAGGUCUCCUUCAGAGAAGGACCUUAGCAAGCUUGCCGAGUCAUAUCAAGGGCCGGACACGAUACUAGAAUCUCCUGAGGACCUGUCUCACGAGCAGGAUAAAAGUCCCCUUUCUGACAGCGGGUUUGAGACGAGGAGUGAAAAGACACCUUCUGCUCCUCAAAGUGCAGAAAGCACAGGACCAAAACCUUUAUUCACAGAUUCACCAAUCCCCCCUUGCGUAACUGAGACCAGAACUGAAGUUGUCCACAUUAGAAGCUAUGAGCAGCCAGACGAUCUUUGUGAGCCUGGACUCAUGCAGGAGGCUGCAUCUGCGCUCCCGACUGUAGAGCUUGAACCUGCUACAGCAAACGCCUUACAGAUGAAAAUGUCAGAAGAUGAUGCCUUGAUGAACAAAAGCAUGUGUCUUAAAGAGGAAACUCAUAUUACCACAACAACUAGAAUGGUAUAUCACAAGCCUCAACUAACUGAUGGCACAGAGAUGAUAGAAGAAGCCAUGUCUGUUAGAGAUAUCAUGAAAGCUUUUCAGUCAGGACGGGAUCCAUCUAAAGACCUGGCAGGGCUUUUUGAACAUAAAGCUAGCCAAGAUUCAGUGAAAGGGGAUGAACUGACUCCUAGGUUUCUUGACAGAGACAUUAAGUCCAAACCUAAGGUUGAAAGGAUCAUAGAAGUUCAUAUUGAAAAGGGUCACAGUGCAGCAGAACCAACAGAAGUCAUUAUCAGAGAAACAAAGAAACACCCUGAGGUUUACAUCUACAAAGGUGACCGUGGAAUAAAGGAGCUUACUGAUUACGAUGAGGCUCAACAGGAAGAAGAAGAACUUACUGCAGAAGAAUCACUGCCCUCCUUUCUGGAAACAUCUCGCGUUAAUACCCCUGUGUCACAAGAAGAGGAUAGUAGGCCAAGUUCGGCCCAACUAAUAGCAGACGAUUCAUAUAAAGCUCUAAAACUCCUCAGCCAGCACUCCAUAGAAUACUGUGAUGAUGAAUUGUCAGAGGUUCGAGGGGAGUCAUAUAGAUUUGCUGAGAAAAUGCUUCUUUCUGAGAAAAUUGACCCAUCACUGCAGUCUUAUUCAGAUACAGAAGAAUCUGCAGCAGUAGCUGACAAAAAACGCCGCCUAGUUUCUGAGGAAACUGGUAGCACUGAGUUCCCAAAGCAGCAGCAAGGAAGCCCCAAAAGAGAAUUUGUUUCUAAGUCAUCAAAAGAUGGGUCUCCUAAAUCAGGUAAAUUCCUGCACAAGGAUGAACCAUCUCAGUUUGACAAGGUGACAGUGCUCCAUUACUCCACAGAACAGGGCAGUCCUAAACAUGCAGUUUGGAUGCGAUUUACUGAGGACAAACAUGAUAAGAGCAGGGAUAAGCUGCUUUAUGAAGAUCGGGUAGAUCAGACUGUAAAGGAAGCCGAAGAAAAACUCAGUGAAGUAUCUCAGUUUUUCCGUGAUAAAACAGAGAAGCUCAAUGAUGAGCUGCAGUCCCCUGAGAAAAAGCCUGUAAAACGAGAGCUGAGAGAGCCUAGAUCCUGGCCUAGCUCAGUCUGUAGCAGCCCAGAGAAAACAAAACAGAAACUUAAAACAGGAGAUGAGGGGUUCAGUAAAACCAGACUCAAUGAGCCCUCAGUUGGUAAAAUGUUUGGAACCUCCACAGUUACUGAAAAGAAAAGCUAUAGCUUACCAAGCAGUCCUCAGAAAACUGUUGUCUAUAAAACCAGUGAGGAUCAAUUAAAACAAGAACCUAAGGCUAGUGCAUCUGAACCAUUGUCUCCUGAUCAUGUAAAAGCAACAUCCAAAGUCAGUGCAGUGAGGAUGAAAUUUGAAUCAGUGGCUCAGAAAGACAAUCAAAGUCAACGUAGUCCAACUAAAAUUCCUCCACUCGUACAACCAAAACCAUCAAUAAAGAAAUUACAGGAAAGCAAACUUCCUGUAUUUGCUGGAGGAAAACCAUCAAAAGUUACUGAAACAUCAGAAGAAAAUGGACAUAAAAAUAACAUUGAGAAAUACAUAGAAUGUACUAAGCCUGUCCAGGUACCAACAUCUAAAAUCCCCAAAGUAGACAAGCUUCCAAACAGAAACCUCACUGAGGUCUCUCAACAAAUUGGAGAAACGAAGACUGAAAAAGCAAAUGCUAAAGCUAAAGAUACUUCCUCUUGUGCAACUCAGGAAAAUAAAAACAGCAAUAAAAGCCAGUUAAAGACGCAUACUCUCUAUGAAAGUGAUUCUAAAAUACACCAACAAGCCACAAAAAGUGCUAACUCUUCCAAAGAAAUAAAAGAUGAACUACCCAAAAAAGAUGCAGAGGAAUCCCUAAACAAAAACCUCAAAAAAAAUGCAGAGUCUCAUAUUCCUGUAAGAACAACUUGCCUCCAAUUAGAUAAUGUCCUCACAAAGAAAGAGACACUAACAAAGCCCUCACAGAUACCUAUACUAUCUAAAACCAAAGGUCUUGAGACUAGUCCAGCAAAAACAGAUCUAACCUUUGAAAUUCUAGACAAUGCACCCAAAGAUUCCAACUCUAAUAACCUUCUUAGCCCCAGGGAAAUACUAGAGAAAGUUAUAACUCCUUCUGCUCCAGUAACAACUAAAGAGAACUUUAAGGGCAUCAAAACAUUGCCUGUUUAUGUCCAGGUUGGCAGGCAGGCAGAGAGAGAAGCUAAGGGAGCACUUUACAAUGUCAAACAGAAAUCAAACUCUAUACUAAGCCCCAUAAGCCCUGACGAUGACACAUUAGAGCAGGUUUCUUUCAUAGACAGCUCUGGUAAAAGCCCUAUUACACCAGAAACCCCCAGCUCCGAGGAAGUCAGUUAUGACCUCACAUGCAAAACUCCUGAUGGCUUUAUGGGGUUCAUAUCAGAACAACCAAGUCCCAUCAUGGAGGUAUCUGAGGAAUCAGAGGAAGACGGUCAAGGAAACACAGUUUUCUCUUUUAAAGAAGCCCCUAUAAAGAGUAGAACUAGUGUCGAUGAUACUCAAGCAGACCUUGUUAAUGCUAAUAAAAAAGUAACAAAAGAUAUUGAUAAUCAGCAGGAAUUAACUAAUAAUUUAAACAAAGAAACAGUCACUAGCAUGCAUGAAGAAAUUAAAGAGCAGGAGCAACAUAAAGUUUCAAAAGACAAGGGUAUUGCAUAUAUUGAGUUUCCUCCCCCUCCCCCUCUCGACUCAGCUUCAGAGCACUCAGACCCAGAAAGAAAAGGUUCCUGUGCCUCUUCAGAGACUGAAACAGAAAUGAUGGAUGUGAACUUGCAGGAAGAGCAUGACAAGCAUCUGCGAACUGAGCCAAUUAUACGCAUACAACCUCCUUCCCCAGUCCAACCUGGGACAGAUGAAAGUCAGUCAAAUGCUGAUGAUGCAGAUGAGGAGGAUGAGUCCAUUUUCCAACCAAUUCCUUGCAAGAAAUUGAUUUCUAAAAUUUCUGCGGAGGAGGAGGAAAAGGAGGAACAAGAAAAACCUCUUAAAGCCAAAAGGCAUGACAGAAAUGGAAAUAAAGAUCAUAGUGGGACCAAUGGCUCCAGCAAUGGUUCCAAAGGUUCCAAUGGCAAAGGAGAGGACAAUGAAUGUGAACAAAAUGGAAAUGACCAGUCAAUAACGGACUGUUCAAUAGCCACAACAGCAGAAUUUUCUCACGAUACAGAUGCGACAGAAAUAGACUCUCUAGAUGGAUAUGAACUGCAAGAUGAAGAUGAUGGGCUGUACGAACAAGCGGAAUCUCUCCGGCUUAUUGGUCUUUCAGACAGUCGAAAAGAUGUUUGGGCAAUAGACUCGUUUAGGUCCUCUGACCGCCCUUUUCCACAAACUAAACUGGAAGUUAUUGAAGAGGAGAAAAUCCCAGAGGAAUGUCAGAAGGAUACUUUGAAAAAAGAUACUGCCUUAAACAAUGGCAAGGCUGAUUGUAUGAGUAAAGAUCAAGCUCAAAGCCAGGAGCAAAAACAUUCAAAUAAAGAAGGAUUUUCAGACAGUUACUUUAGUUAUAAAUUAGAAGAAGAGUUUAAUUCUCCUUUUAAGACUGUUGCUACCAAAGGCCUAGAUUUUGAUCCAUGGCCCAGUAAAAGUGGCGAAGGAGAAGUCAUUGACAUGGGAGGGAUACAAGGGAACAACAGUGAGCCAAAGCCUUAUGGACUAGCAGUCGAGGACCAAUCUCAGGCCACAACAGCAGAAACUACUCCAGCUCAGACACCGACAGACGAUAGCACGCCAACAAGCGAUCCAAACCCAUUUCCCUUCUAUGAAGGGAAGAUGUUUGAGAUGACACGCAGUGGUGCGAUUGACAUGAGCAAGAGGGACAUGGUGGAGGAGAGGCUCCAGUUUUUUCAGAUUGGCCCUCAGAGCCCCUGUGAGAGAACAGAUGUCCGCAUGGCGAUAGUAGCCGACCACCUCGGCCUCAGCUGGACUGAGCUGGCCAGGGAACUGGAUUUCUCUGUGGAAGAGAUCAACUUGAUCAGAGUGGAAAACCCCAACUCCCUGACAGCGCAGAGCUUCAUGCUGCUAAAGAAAUGGGUGCACAGGGAUGGUAAAAAUGCCACAACGGACGCUUUAACUGCGGUGCUGACUAAGAUCAAUCGCUUGGAUAUUGUGACUUUGCUGGAAGGGCCCAUAUUUGACUACGGUAACAUAUCAGGCACACGCUGCUUUGCCGAUGAUAACGCAGUAAUCCCGGAUCAGUCCGAUGGGUACCACAAUUAUGAUCUGGAACUGAAAACCCCAACAGACCUCACCUACGUCCCCCCUACCCCGCUGCGCUCCGACGAAUUCUUUAGCGAGGGCGAUGCUAGUGUAGAGUCCCCUACCAAGACCUCGCUUAGCAGACCUAGUGACCUCACCCUCGCACAGACCACCAGCCCUGAACCCUCCACAGGGGUCCAACGCCCUGGCUUGGCGCCUCCCAUUGUUGGACCUGAAGACACAACCCUGACUAGAGGAGAAAGAGUCGUCUCUGUGGAGAUGCCAGACAACGACAGAAGGGCUGCAGAGCAAGUAAGGAGGACAGAAGAUGUGAUCGCAGGGCAUCGAGUCUCCUCAGAGAGUCAGGAAGGGAACCUAAAAGGUGCCGUACGCACCAGUUCUGGAAAUGAAAGAGAGGAAGAAGAAGAGGAGAUGACUCAGGAGAAGCUGAAGAGUCUGCUGGAGGAUAUAAAGCUGGAGGGAGGCAUGGAGGAAGAGGAGAUGACCGAAGAGAAGAUGAACGCGAUCCUUAAACAAGUACGACAAGCAGAAAAAGGCAUGUCUUCAGUUCCAGGUUGGAGAGGCGAGGCGUCCGGCGCCGCCUUGGAGUCGGCAGCUGUUGGACACAGCCCCAGCACCGAGGAGGCCAGCGCCGAAAGUCCAACUGAUUCACUGGAGCAGCCGCCGGCUCUGAACGGAGGCGACAGAGAGACCGCCAAGAAGAAGACGCCUCAGGAGGACAGGAGCACAGCUGGACCAAGCAAAGGACGGGAAGAGGGAGGCAACAAGACCCAGCACAAAGUCCAGGAGAGCAUCGGAGCUGACGAGUCCAGCUCUGAUGGGGAGACCACCGUCACCACCAGGGUGUACCACAGACGGGUCAUACUGAAGGGAGAGGAGGCCAGAAACAUUCCUGGACAGUCUGUGACAGAGGAGCAGUUCACAGAUGAAGACGGGAAUCUGGUCACCAGAAAAGUGAUCAGAAAGGUUGUGCGCCGAGUUUACAACUCUGAGGAAAAGAGGGAAUGUGAAGGCCCAAUAGUUCCAGCGGGGGAAGAAGCUCCUGGUGGUGUAGUAAAAGGUGAAGCAGGUGCUGCUGCUUCAGCGGCAGCAGGAAACAAGGGUGGGAAGGGCAAGAAAAGAGGCAAGCGUUCCCGACAAGGCCGCAAGGAGGAAGCCCAGAGAGACAAACCGGAGCCUGGAGAUGGCGCCAACAAAAAGCAGGGGAAGAAGAGUCAGUCGUAACAGCAGCGCUCUCAACUAAACCUGGUUUUUGAGGGUCCACCUGCGACCCCACCCUCAACUUCAGGACGAGGCCCCCGCAGGAGCCGGGCCAGUCGUGUUUGAAUCGUUCACUUUACGCAUGGUUUCCAGCAAAACGACGUUACUUUUUCUUGAUUUCGCAUGAGCAUGUCACCAAACUCACAAAAUGAUGGACGUGAGCUGGAAAAACCUGGAAACUCAAAAGUUUUGGGCGAAUGAACUGAAGCCGGAACAAAAAGAGAGAGGAAGAGCGGCCGACGGCGCAGGCUUCACUCUCAGACACUCGUCGUUUCUGUUGCCUCCUGGACCUGCAGGACUGGGGAGCGCCAUGCGGUUCUUUUGUAAGACGUCCAGCAGGUGGACUUUGUUGUAUAUAAAUGACUAUAAAAAUCUAAAAAAAAUAAAUAAAAGUAGCUUCACAGACUGUUUAUGCACUGAUCCAAGAUGAAGCUUUGUGGAGUUUGUUUGAGGUCGACACUGUUGAGCUGCCUUGAGUGUGUGACCUGAUUUGCUCUUCCUACACAAACAAAACGAGGAACGAACGGAGGAAAAACACGUUUAUUAUUAUUUGAAUUAUUGUUUUUUUUUUUGUCUUUACAGCCAACAGCUCUGAUACUGUGCAUCAUCCUUCAGAGAAACAUGUUGCUGCAUGUGACGUCACCCGAUUUUCAACGCUUUUUUUAUUUUAGCUCAUUCAAAGCACUGGAACGCAAGAAGACGAUGCUUUUGUGUGCGUGCGUGUGUGUGUCAUCAUAAAACGUGUGUUUCUGUAAACCCAUCACACACUAGAAAUGAGAUCUUUUAGCUCCACUCUUUUCAAAAUGGGGACUGUUUUGAUUUUGUAGUUUUAUGACGUUCAUCUUGUUUAACUGUUGUUUACCAGAACCAGAGGAUCUCGUUUUUAACCCGAAUCAAAGCGAACCAACAGCUGGAAUCACACAAAUCACACCCGUGAUCACACGGUGGUAAAAAUGUCUAUUUCUUUGUGUGUGUAAAUCUUUUUUUCUGUACUUUUUUUUUGUUCCAUACAAAUCCACCCUAUGCAUUCACUGAUCAUGAAUCUGGUACCAACAUGUAUGAUGAACCAACAUAACCUACACUGGAUGACCCAAGUAAUUAUUUAAGCAAAAAAAAUACAAAUAAAUUGUUUUAACUGAA